AUGUCCGAAAAUCUUUCAAAAUCUAUGUGUUCAUGUCAGUCAUCUGACCCACGUCGUGAUAAACUGAUGAUCUAUCAAAUUCUUGUUCGAUUAUUUGGUAAUCGAAAUUUAACUAAUACAGUUCAUGGAACAAUCGAACAAAAUGGUGUUGGUAAAAUGAAUGAUAUUAAUGAUGCAUGUUUAAAGGAAAUCAAGAGAUUUGGUUAUACAUAUGUUUGGUAUUGUGGACUACUUGAACAUGCAACAAUGACUGAUUAUACAGCAUAUGGAAUUCGUAAAGAUAAUCCUUAUAUUGUCAAAGGUUUAGCUGGUUCACCUUAUGCAGUCAAAGAUUAUUACGAUAUUGAUCCAGAUUUAGCAGUUGAUAUACCAAAUCGUAUACAAGAAUUUGAACAAUUAGUUCAACGUACUCAUGCACAUGGUUUAAAAGUUCUUAUGGAUUUUAUUCCUAACCAUGUUGCAAGAGAAUAUGGUUCAGAUGUUCGACCUAAUGAAGAUUUUGGUAAUAAUGAUGAUCAAACAAAAGCGUUUAGUCCAAAAAAUGAUUUUUAUUAUAUUGAAAAUGAAGAAUUUCAAAUGCCAAAUGUUGAACAUAUACCACCAUGUAUUGAUAUAUCUAAAAUACCUAAAUAUACUGAAAAUCCAGCACGUGCAACCGGUAAUGAUGUCUUUCAUUCUCGACCAUUGAUUACAGAUUGGUUUGAAACUGUUAAAUUAAAUUAUGGAACUGAUUAUACAGUUGGAAAAAAUUAUUUUGAUCCACGUCCACCACUUUGGGAUAAACUCUUUCGAAUUUUAUGUUAUUGGAUUGAUAAAGGUGUUGAUGGUUUUCGUUGUGAUAUGGCUGAAAUGGUUGCAGCUGAUUUUUGGCAUUGGUUAAUAACAUCAAUACGUAAAACAUAUCCUGAACGACGAAUUAUUUUUAUUGCUGAAAUUUAUCGACCUGAUUUAUAUCAACGUUAUAUUGAACAUGGUCUUUUUGAUUAUUUAUAUGAUAAAGUUGGAUUAUAUGAUUGUUUACGUUGGUUAUUAGAAGAAGGAUCAAUUUUAGGAAAUUGUAAUGAUAUAACCCGUAUUCAAAAUGAACAAAAAGGUAUUGAAAAAAAUAUGUUAAGAUUUUUGGAAAAUCAUGAUGAAGUUCGAAUUGCUGCAAAACAAUUUGCUGGAAAUCCAUGGAAAGCAAUACCAGCUGCUGUUUGUACAGCUGUUUUACAUUCUGGUCCAGUUAUGAUUUAUUUUGGACAAGAAAUUGGUGUUGAUAGUGUAGGAGCAAAAGGUUUUCAAAGUGAUGAUGGACGAACAACUAUUUUUGAUUAUUGGGGUAUUCCUGAACAUCAAGCUUGGUAUAAUAACGGUGCAUGUGAUGGUGGUCAAUUAACAGUUGCACAAAAAGCUCUUCGUUCAUUUUAUGAAAAUCUUUUCCAACUCAUCCAUAAUUAUAAAGCCUUACAUUGUGUUUCAUCAAAAUUAGUUGAUUUACAAUAUGCUAAUCAUUCAUUAUAUGAUACGAAAAAAAUUUAUUCUUUUAUACGAUAUCACGAACAUGAUGAACAAUUAUUAUUUGUACUUAAUUUUGAUUAUACAUGUAGUUAUGAUAUUGAAUUAACAAUACCAAAUGAAGUUUGGUCAACAAUUGGAUUGGAUACAACAAAAGUAUAUACACUUGAUGAAGUAUUUAUUGAUAGAAAAGUUAAAUUACAAUUACGUGCAAAUGAAAAUCUUCGACUUACAUUACCAAAUAAUCAAGUCUACGUCUUUCAAAUACGAGAACAAUCUUAG